GGCUGUGACCGAGUUUGCCCUCCACACGUGCACCAUCUUCCAGUGUGUGAGGGUCGUCUCCUUAAGUCUCUCCGUCGGCUUCUCGAGGUUUAUCCAAGUCUCCCCGUCGCCGCCGCCCGCACCCAACACCACCAACAUGGCUCUGCAGCGUCAGGUUAUGGCUAAGAUGCUGGGAAAGAGGGAUUCCGAGCAGGAGAAGGAGGCUCUGGAGUGGAUCUUCACCAUCCUGGGAGAGCCCGUUCCUCAGGGAGAGUUCGAGAACAUCCUGCAGGACGGCACGGUGCUGUGUCGCCUGAUUAACAAGUUGUCCCCCGGCGCGGUGCCCAAGAUCAACACCUCCGGCAGCCAGUUCAAGAUGAUGGAGAACAUUAACAACUUCUUGAGCGCCAUCAAGGCCUACGGCGUGCCCAUCCAGGACGUGUUCCAGACUGCCGACCUGUACGAGAAGAAGCAGGUGUCCCAGGUGUCCACCACGCUCUUCGCCCUGGGCCGCGCCACGUACAUGCACCCCGAGUGGCCCGGCCCCUGGCUGGGUCCCCGCCCAUCCGAGGAGAACAAGCGCGAAUUCACAGAGGAGCAGCUGGCGGCCUCCAAGACAGUCAUCGGCCUCCAGGCUGGCUCCAACAAGGGCGCCACCCAGGCCGGGGACACCACUGGUGCCCAGAGGCGGGUGAUCGUGGGGAAGUAAUGCCUCCAACUCCCCCGUCGCCCCCUCCCCCGCCAGCCCCAGCAUCUCUUCCUUCUCCUCUUCCUCUCCACUAUCCCUCCGCCUCCCCAACGAUAUCCUUCCCCGUCCACUCCUUAUCUUCCUCUUUUAUGUCCUGCCUCGUCGGCAACGUUUUCUUUCUUGUCCUCUUCCUCAUUAUCCUUCAUUAUUCGCCUUCCCCUCUGCCUCUUUCCCCAUAUUAUUCCUCCUCCUCCCCCUCCUCCUCCUCCUCCUUCAUGAUGCCCAUUACUCUUCACCAAAUGGAUUAUCGCCGCCAACUCUGGGCCUCCAUCUUGCUCUCUUCGCCUCCGCCACCGCCGCCGCCACUUAACGCUGAUUGCUAAGUGACCUUCCUGUCUCAGCUGAGCGCCGUGACGUCAGGUUAUUAAUGCGUCUCGUUCGUGGUGUGUACUGCACUUUAGCUCAUUGUGAUGUGUAGCACUUGUAGCUCAUGAUUUUGUUUUCUACAUUAGCUUUUUCAUAAUUUCUACAAUGUUCAGACUUCAUACUGCACGUAAAUUCUUCUUCGGCCCGCAACACAGCCGCGGCCAAGUAGUCGUGUGUUGUGUUGUGUUGUGCUGGCCUGGCGGGCGUUAGGGUUAGCAGGUCCCCAAUUACCUUUGGUCCAUCAGAACGAAUUAAAAAAGCUACGAAAAUC